AUGGGGAAGAAGUUUACUUUGAUUGCUGACAUCAAAGAUGUAUUAACAAAAAUAUGUCAACAACAAGGUGUUACAAAUGCUGAUAAAUUAGGAUAUUUAAAUGCAUUUGUUGGUCUUAUUAAUGAUGACAGUAUUGACUGUCAUGAAUAUGGCUUUACGUCAGAAGAAUUAUUAAAAUGUUUAAGAAUUGGACUUGUACAAGAAACAACACAAGUACGUGCAGCAGCACUACGAGCAAUAAGAUAUCUUCUUAAAAAUAAAGAUGAUAUUAUAUUAAUAAAUAAAUUAAAUUAUCCUUAUUUUAUAGCAAGAAGUAUGGAUAUAUUUAUACGUAAUGAUAUUGAAAGAAUUCAAGCAUUACGUGUUGUUAGAAAAAUUCUUGUAAUAUCACCAAAUGAUAUUAGUCCAAUAUUAGCACGUUCAUUAAUAAGUCUUUGUGAUGAUGAUGUUGAAGAUAAUGAGAGACCAGUUAGUGUUUUUUUAGCAACACUUUGUGAACUUGGUAUUUUAAAUUCAAAUUUAUUUAUAAAUUGUGGUGGUACUGGUACAUUAUUAAGAUCAGCAUCACGUGGUUUAUCAUCAUCAAUGGUUGAAUCAGUUGUUGGUGUAUUGCUACAUUUAUUAACAAAUCCAGAUACACGAAAUAAUAUAUCAUUAAAAUUAUUAGCAGCACCAUACUGUGAAUUAUAUACAUCAAAAAAUGAUCGUUCACGUGUUGAUAGAGAAGUUGCAUUUACUGCUAGUAAACAAGCAUUAUUAAGUAUAUUACGUUCAUAUCCUGGUAUAUUAUGUUUUUGUAAUCCAAAUGAUAAUUCUGGUAUAAAAGCAAUAUCAGAUAUAUUAUAUAUUGAACAAUUAGAAGUACGUGGUGCUGUACUUGAAUUAUUUUAUGAAUUACUUGGUUUACCACUUCCAGUAUGGACAGAUGAACCAGAUGUUGCAUUAGCAGCUGUUGAUCCAUUUAGACCACGUAAUAAUUGGAAAUUAUCUGAAGGUUUUGUUGCUGCUGAAGGUAAAACAAUAUUACCAAUAACAUUAAUAAAUUAUCCAAAUUUAUAUGAUUUACAUUUAUCAUUAUUAGUAUAUAUAUUAAUUGAAUGUGGUUUACAUCGUGCAUUAGCUGAAACAAUUGUAACAUCUGAUACAUUUAUAUCAGUACGUGCUGCUGUUUUACUUGGUGCAUUAUUAAAUUUAGCACAUUCAUUAUUACCACAAGAUAUAUGUGAUUUAACACCACCAUUACCAAAUUUAUUAGAACAUGCUAGUCUUGGUAAACAUCAAGCACUUGCUGCUGUUAAAAUAUUAGAACGUAUGCAUAUUAUGAUGAAACGUAAACCAAUACCAUCAAGUUUAUUUCUUGAUAAAAUAUUAAAAGCUGGUAAUUGGUUAAGAUCAUCACCACCACGUCGUAAACGUCCAAUACAAAGUAAAACAUGGUUAUUAAAACGUGAACAACCAAUAACACCAUUAUUAAAAGAAUCACAAGUAUUAAAUACAAAAGAUUCACUUGGUUGGAAUUGGACAGCAGUUAGAUCAAUAUUACGUUCACGUGAUGAUGUAUCACGUCUUAUUUGUAAUUCAGAUCAACGUAUAUUUUUAAAAAGAAUUGUUAGAUAUUUUAAACCAUCAUCAAAUAAAUAUAGUCGUGUUGAAUUAUCUACAAAUAUACAUGAAUAUCGUGAAAUAACAUUAGCUGGUUGUGAUUUAAUUAAUUGUUUACUUGAAUUACAACAACAAGAAAGUAUAAAAUUAUUAAAUGAAUUAAUUGGUGAUAUUACUGAACAAAUAACAUUAUUAUUAACAUUACCAUCAGCACAUGAUUGUUUAUUUUCACCACGUCAUAUGACAACAACAUGUUGUCAAAAAUAUUUUUUAUUUUUGGGACAAUUAAGUCAAUCAGCAAAAGGUACUGUUAUAUUAAAAUCAUUUAAUUUAUUAUUAAAAUUAGAACAAUUAGCAUUAACAACAAAACAUGAUUGUUAUGUUAAAUUAAUUGUAUCAAGUUUAGAUUAUACACGUGAUGGACCAAAUCGUAAAAUAUUAUUUAAAAUAAUAACAACAAAUGAAACAACAAGUAUUGCUGAACAAAAAAUAUUAUAUGUCAUUCAAUUUUUACGUAUUAUAUUACGAGCUAAAAUGACUGAUGCAUUUAAAUGGGCACUUAAACUUAUUAUUGAUAAAUUAAAUGAUGAAAAAAAAACUGUAUCAAUUGCUGCACUUGAAUUAUUACAUGAAGCAUGUGAAGAUCAAGAUUAUUUAUUAUCAUUAUAUCAACAAAUUUCUACACCAACAAAUAAUUAUAUAUCAUGGUUAAAUUGUAUUAAAAAAAUUGGCUUUAAUGCAUAUUUAUUAAAUAUUAAAUUUUAUUCAUUAUCAACAAUAUUUCAUAAAUUACCAUCACCACUUGAAGAAUUUGAUAAAUGGAUUAAACCAGGUGGUUUUAAUGAAACAUAUGUACAUUUUAUUGAAGGUAUCAUACAUGAUUCAUUUACAUGUCGUCAAAAAUCUGAUAAUGGACAAUAUAUACGUCGUAAAAGUAAUAAAUUAAUAUUACCAAAAGAUGUAUUUAUACCACCACAUAUAUUUGGUCAAUUUGUUAAACAUGAACAUGGUUUACAAAUAAUAACACGUAAAAAUAUUAUACAAAUAUUAAAACGUUUUGUUCAACGUUUUUCUAUAGAUUAUGGUGGUGCUUGUGGUGGUAAUGAUGAUAAUAAUACUUUUAUAAAUAAACCAUUUAUUGAUGAUACAUAUAUUAUGUCUGAAGAAUCGGGUAAUGAAGAAUCAAAUCGUUUAGAAACAAUUAUUGAUAAUGAAACUAUUGAAACAUCAACAUCAACAUCAACAACAGAAACAUAUAACUACAAUGAUAAUAAUAAUUUAAAUAUUGAUGAUAAAAUAUUACGUGUUAAAGCAGCAAUAUGGUCAUUUGGACAUGUUGGCACAUCAUCAGCUGGAGUUGAUAUAUUAAAACAUUAUGGAAUAAUUGAUAUAUUAACAAAUAUUGCUGAAACAUGUCAGUAUUAUUCUGUUCGUGCAACAGCUGUUUAUUCAAUGUGUUUAAUAAGUACAACAAAAUUUGGUGCUGAUGCAUUAACAUCAUAUGGUUGGCCAUGUGUUAGAUAUAAACGUGGUGAUUAUUGGCCAAUUGUUAUGCCAACAACAUCAUCAUAUACAAUACCAAGUCCUGUACCAAUACAAAAACAUCAUCGUAGUUUGAGUGAUGGAAAACCAGAUAUACCAGAAAUAAAUAAAAAAAGAACAAGAAAUAGAUCCGAAAGUGCUGCAACUGAUAUAGAAAAUAGAAAAUUUGGUUAUAAUGAACAUGGUGAUACACCAAGUCCAGUAUCAAGUAUACAACGUUUAUCACAACAAGAUGCUGAUGGUUAUGCUAAAUUACGAAGUCUUCAACGUUAUAGAAGACCAAAUUAUUCAAAAAGUACAUCUGAAAUGUAUUCGUAUGAUGAUAAAUUAUCAUUACAAAAUUUAGCUGAAACUGGAACAUCAAAUGAUUUAAUAUUUGAUAAUUUUUUUACUACAACACUACCAACAGUAUCAACAGAUGAAGAAGAUACUAAUGAAAAUUGUCAUUUAGGAAUAUGUUUACCUAAAAAUCUUGAAAGUAUUUUUCCAUAUUAUUCAUCAAAAUCAUCAAUUGAAAAAACAAAUGACAAUUUUCAGAAUGAUAAUAAUAAUAAUAAUAAUAAUGAUAACAAUAAUAUUAUAAAUAAUAAUAGUGAUAGUGAUAAUAAUGAUAGAUUAAAUUUUGUUGAUUAUGAUUCUGAUGAUGAUGGUGCUGCUGGUGCUGCUGAUGAUGAUGUUGAUGAUGAUGAUAAUGCUAAUGAUGAAGAUGAUGAAAAACAUUGGAAAAUUUGUUUAAUUUGUCAAGAAAAUAAAUCAACUUGGAAUAGUGAAAAUUAUAAUGACACUGAUAUUAAAAUAAAAAGAAAAAUACUGAGGUAUGUUCAACGUUUAUCAAAUCCAAUAAAAUAUCGUCAAAAUCGUCGUGCACUUUUACGUCUUCGUCAAAGUAAUCCAAAAAUAUUUCAAGAUACAUGUUUAUUUUGUGAAGUUGCAUCACGUCUUGGUACUGGAACAUAUCGUUUAAGUGCUCGUAUAUUACUUCAAGAAUUAUUUUUAGAUUUGGAAUUUAAUCAAUUAUACAAUGAACCAAAAAAAAUUCUAAAUAUACCAGAAUUAAUGAAAGCAGUUGACGAAACACCAACAGAUAACGUCAUUCAUAAAAAUCCAAUGAUAAAUAAAAUAAACGGUAAAAUAAUAAUAAAUAAUAAUGAUGAAUCAUUAACAACAACAACAACAACAUCAACAUCUCAAUUAAAUGAAAAUACAAUUACAGUUGAUAAAAAAAUAUGUCUUAAAAUACCAGAGACAACAAUUAAAAAGUCUGAUAAUAAAUUAAGUGAUGAAGAAAUCAUUGCUGAUAUAUUAAAACCAGAAAAACAUAAAAAAAUAUCAAAGACUUCUGAUAAUAAAUUAUUAAAAGUGACUGGUACAAAAACUGCCAUCAGCCUUGAUUAGCACUCCAAUAAAUAAAUUAAUUAAUUAAAUUAUUAAAUUGAUUAUUUAUAAAUAAUAAAAUGUACAUAUCUUUCUUGUAUUUGAAAAAAAAAAAAAAAAUGAAGUUAAAGAUGAGGUGAAAAAAUAAACAAAAUCAUUAUGCAAUAUGAAAAAAAAAAAAAAAUUAAAAUAAAAAAAUGAUAAAACAUAAU